UUACAAAAAGUAUACUGUAGAACAAUAAUGAGACUAGUAUCACAUCAUAAGAUCUCUGAAUAGGUGCACCUUGUUAUGAUCACUGACCCUGCUCUUUCAUAAACCUACGAAAAAUAAAACACUGCUGUUAUGUAUAUGUUAUGGUUUCUUAAGGUUUAUGCAAAGCUCUCCAUGCCCAUACCCAACACAGCAACAAAAGGUUUUUCUAUCGUACAGCAUCUUUAUCUACAUCAACCUAGAAUUAACAUCAAGUUGCAUCUUAUGCCAGACCAGAUGAGAUGAUUGCCAUUGCAAUACUGGGUAUAUAAAGCUCAUUCUGUUAAUGUGGCAUUAAGGGGGAAACAAUUCAGAAUCAAUCUGGCGCCCUGCUGUUAAACACAUUAUUAAAAGCAAACUAUUGAUAAAACAAUGUUGUCUUGUAACUUUCACCUCUCAAAGAAAAUCACACAAUCCUCAAAUGUCUCUAUUGGUCUAUCUGAGCUCUCUGAGGAUGGGACAAGCUUAAUUACAUUUUCGCUGUGAGAGUCAUAUCGUCACAUUAAUAAUUCCAACCAAACUGCUGAUUAAUAAAUCCUCAUAACAAAACAGUAUUCUAAAACACCAGUGAACUGUGACAGAGAGCUGGAUGUGGGAUUAAAAGUGGCUUAAAAGCUGCAUGUUACAAUCAAUAGAAGGUGAAUCUUCAACCCUCUUAAUUUUAGAUUUAUUGUUAAUCAAAUUCAAAAUGUAUGUACAAUAUUAAAAAAAAUGAAAUUAAAGAUGUUAAAAGCUCCACUCACAUUACACUAUUGUGUGAGAUGUUCCCGCACACGCCCCUGUAGAGGCGACAGUAUAAAUGCAGAGCUCUGGUUGCUGAUAUCAAGACAGAAAAUGAAGACUUACUGGUCCACAUUCAGAACAAUGAGGCUGAUCAUCCUUGUGUGCCAGCUUAGCCUCUUUAUGAGGACUGAGGCCCAGCUACCAGAAGAUUGCGCUCUAAGCGAAACAAACAGAGCUCCAAAAAACUCGGACAUCACUGUGGACUGCGGCACUCAGUUUAUGGACCUGAGCAUCUACAUUUGUCCAGUGUACCAAGCACUUUACAAUGAGUCUCUGAUGGUCCUCAAUAAUCAGAUAAACACACCUGAGUGUUAUGGGACUGCCGACUGGACCAUGACCCCACCAGUCUUAAAAUUCAGAUUCCCAAUGAAUGAAAGUUCUGUUUCAUCCUGCAACAAUGACUUUAAGAUAUCCGAUCAGGUUGGAACUGGAGACUUUGCUGACUUCUCCAAAGUCCAGUAUGUCAACAUCUCUGGCACUAUAAACUCAGUAGACCCCUCUUCAGGUAUGAUCACUUAUCUCCCGCAGAUCUUAUACAAGUUCUCCUGCUUCUACCCGAUGCAGUAUCUCGUGAACAACACCCAACUGAGCGUAUCAGGUUCGAGUCUUGCCAUAAGAGACAACAAUGGUAGUUUCAUCAGCACACUGAGUAUUCUGCUCUUCAAAGAUGAACUGUACCAAGAAAGGUUGAUUAUACCAGAAACAGGACUAAAUCUGAAGACCAAGAUUUAUGUUGCAGUUAAAGCAAACAAUCUAACAGACAGGUUCAACGUGAUGCUAGACAGAUGCUACGUAACAACAAAUCCAGAUCCCAUUCAGUUAACCUAUUAUGACCUUUUUGUUGGGUGUAACCGUGACCCACAAACUAAGGUGGAUCUUAAUGGAGAGAAGCAGGAGGCACACUUCUCCUUUGAGGCCUUCAGAUUUGUGCAGCACAAAAACAAGACAGUUUCCACCUUCUUCCUGCACUGUGUCACCAGGCUCUGUGAGCCGUUGGCGUGUAGCAAAUUGUUCCCUGACUGUACAACAAAUCGGAGAAAGAGAGCGGUCCAGGAUGCGUUGCCCAAUGCUACCGUCACCUCGCCUGCCAUUCUGGUGGGAAAACAAACCAGUGGAGAAGCUCAAACUUUCUCAGCUUCUUACGGUACACCAGUUGAGAGCAACUACAGCAGCCCCGUGGUGGCUGUUAUUGUCUGCAUUGUCGUCCUGACUAUUGUCAUCCUUGCCAUGGCUGUUUACUUUACAUUGUACAGCAGACAGAGAAAACCAAUCAUCCAGUAACAAACCCUGACUGAGAGCUGAGUCCUUCCCCAAUCUGAGUGCCAGCUUAGUACGUCAUGAUUUACAAAGCAAUGAUGUUAUACACAGAUAUUAAUUGAGAGACGUUAGUCAGAAAUGUCAUACUGUCAUAUUACCAUUUCACACACAUUAUAACAUUAGUAGUAAUCUAGGCUUGCUUGAUAAUCAUAAUUAGUCACAUUGUUUAUUAAUAUGGGGAUGGAGAAUCUUUACUAUAAUGAUAUGUUAGUUUAAUCAUGUUGUCAGAGUCAUAUUGAAGUAUUUAAAGAAUGGUGGUUGAUUAAGAUUGUUGUUAUCAUUUAGAAAUGUUGUACUUUUGAAUUGUUCUCAAUGAGAUUGAUGAAAACAAUUCUGCUUAGUCAAACAUUAAAAUGUUCACUGUCUCUCACUG